CGGAAAUUAUGUAACCACGUCGCGGUGACGUGGUGCUAUCGGAAACGUAACAAAGUUCAGCAGCAGCAGUCAGUUUCUGAGCUGUGGACAUGGCUGUAGACUGGAUUGGGUUCAGUUAUGCUGUUCUGGUGUCUGCAGGAGGAAUUAUAGGCUUUGUGAAAGCAGGCAGCAGCACCUCUCUGGUCGCAGGGCUCCUGUUUGGCCUUCUGGCUGCAGUCGGCGCUUAUCUGGCAUCUCAAAAUCCCAAGAAUGUCUGGCUUUCACUAGGCACCGCGGGAACUCUGUCCGUGGUGAUGGGACUGAGGUUUCUCAACUCCUGGAAGUUCAUGCCAGCUGGUUUAAUGACUUUAACAAGUCUACUGAUGCUGCUGAAGAUCAUCGCUGGAAUGUCGAAGAAAACUCAUAAAUCUUAAAAAUAUCUCGAUAUACUUUUCUGUGUGUCUGUACAUAUUCUUGAGCAAACAAAAUCUAAUUUGUGCUCCAUUAUAACGUCCAUUCACAAACAUUCCUUUGGUAUAUUUUCUAUUACAGACUGGUUUUGUAUAAAAAAAGAACUAUAUAAGAUAUGUGACUGUAACUGAUCUGUCUGUCUUUUAUACAGUUUGAUGAUGUUUUUUAGUUUGUAAAUGUAUUUCUGUUUGCUGUAAAGUAAUAACUUCACCCACUUUAAUUAAAAAAAUAACUUCUUUAUUUAA